GGCUUAAGGAUGUCCACCGUUUAGGUGGGGACCUUAUAAAUACUUUUAAUUAUCAUAUCCCGAUCGAUAGUUCUUCCUGACCCAUUAACCAUGAAGAUCUUGCUGCUGGUCGCUUUUGUGGCUUUAGCCAACGCGGACGUCAGUCACUUACAACAUCCGGGCUACGCGUACCAAAAACCCGCGGAAACUUACGGCACCCCGUUGAGUAGUUACGGAGUGCCCCAAGGUUCCGUCCAGGGCCUUCCUUCGUUCGAGGGUUUCGGAUCGGCGAAGUCUUUCGACCAGUACAACCAGGACUACUUGAAGGCGUUCGCAAAUAGUCCCGCAUCGUCGCAGCUGAGUUUUUCCAAUAUACAACAACCCGGAUCAUUCCAAGCACCAGUUUCCGCGCAGUUUGGUCUUCCCAGUGCCCAACAGGGUGUAUCGUUCCAAAGCGCCGGAUUCUCCAACCCGUCUCCAAGCGUCGACGUCUCCAACUUCCAAUUUUCGACCCCAGCACCGAGCGUGGACGUGUCUAAUUUCCAGUUCUCUACUCCAGCGCCCAGCGCUGAUCUAUCGGCAUUCCAAUUCUCUACCCCAGCUCCGGCAGUAGCGUCGGCCGGUGUCUCUGGCGUUUCCGUAGCUGACGGUCAAUUUUCUACUCCCAAACCUUCGGUCAAUGUGCUUCAGUACUCGCAACCUCAAUCCUUUGGUUUCGGAUCGGGUUUCAACUCUGCCAGUUUUCCUGGCGCUUCGGCUUCGGGUUUCGCUGGAUUCGGACAAAGUGUCGUCGGCAAAACAUCUGGAGGAUCCAUAGACGACGCGUUUGGAGCGUCGAACGAUGCCCAAGUCGGUAACGAAGAACAGAAAACCCAAGUGUCCAAGCAUUUGUACUUCUUCGCUGCCCCGGAAGAGCCGGAAGAGGAAGUGAAACCUCGCAUUAAUUUACCGGCCCAAGCCGCCCAGAAAUCGUACAAGAUUAUCUUCAUCAAGGCGCCGACUUAUAAAUCUCAGCUUCCGAUCAACAUUCCCGCGCCGCCAGCCAACGAAGAAAAGACUUUGGUCUACGUCCUGGUUAAGAAACCCGACGCACAGGCCACCAUCAACGUGCAACCGUCGCAACCCGCUAAGCCUACCAAACCGGAAGUAUUCUUCAUCAAAUACAAGUCGCAAAAGGAAGCUGAAGAAGCUGUCGCGAAGCUUCAAAGCCAGUACGGUGUUUCUGUUAGCCCCAACUUCGAAAGCGCCAACGCUUUGGAUUCUGCCUCGGUGCCAGCUGGAGUCGGAAGCCAGGCUGAAUCUGGUUUUUCCGGUUUCGGUCUAGAAGGAAGGAACGCGAUCAUCUCCAGCCAACCCGAAUUACCGUCAGGUAGUUUUGGGUCUUUGUCGCAAUCCGAGGGUCAAGGAUUUGUGGGUUUUGGAGGAAACUCUGUAUCCGCGCCCGAAAUUAAAAGCUUUGGAGGCGUGGUAUCGAACCAACCCGAAGUCGUCGGUUUUGGAGGCUUCGGUAGCAGUACCCCAACGCCCGUAACAUUCGGUGGGAAUUCGGCAGAUUCAUUGAGGGUGUUCGGAGCCGGAGUUGGAGGUUUGGGUCAAGUCGGAUUGUCGGGAGGAAACGCCAAUUUGCUGCAAGCCAAAUUCGGCUUCAACGUCGGCAGUACCGAAUCGCCAGCUGGCGCUGGGGUUAGCGUGGAAUCUUCUAGUCCCGCUGCUGUUGUUUCGAGUCCCGCGGAAGAGUCUGCGCCCGAGGAGGAGGCUUCUACGGAAGCUUCCUCGACGGACGAUGCGUCUCAGAACGCGGUAGACAACUCUGAAGUUGCAGUCAGUACCUUGGCCAGGAGCGGCGACUCCGGGGUCAACUACCAGUCGGAAGGGUCCAAUUUCUAUCAGACCGGCUUCCAAACGUACGGGGUACCCAAAUAGAGACGGAAUCGGCUUUUUAUUCUUACAGGGUGAUUGAUUUCUCGAUGCCAAGCGUUAAAUACUCGCGUAAUUUCGAUAUACUAGUUUAAAAAUAAACAAGAGAGGUGAAACAAGUCUGUAAUAAGCGUAAGCAUUUUGUAAACACGCAUCAACUGUACAGUCGUCAUCUUUUGUACAUACACAUAGCGGUAAUAAAAAUAUCA